UCUACCUUCGGACUCGAUCCACUAACUGAACCCGAUACCCACCGACCGUCUCCUUCGUCCUUCCCGGAGUCGAGAUCCCGCGAAGUGCGAUCUCAAUCCCACCCGUCGCCGGCGAAGAUCGAGGAGGCGUCGUACGGAGAGUCCGAGGAGGUGAACUUCGCCUCCGAUCGGAGAACUGCAUUCGUGUUCAUUCUUCUACGAGCUUGGUUAGUCAACGCGGUAGUAUGCUUCUUGCUGCAAGAUAGUUUGCAGAAAAAAAGACAGGAUGAUUCUGGACGCUGCUUGCUUUUGAAGAGAAACGACAGUGAAUUGACAUGCUCCGUUAAUGGCGAUGUCGCAGAAGGGGUUCUCCUUCUUCAGAAGCCUUGGGUGGUUUGAUGCUAAGAACAGUGAUUUGCUCAGUAAACAGGAAGCUUCUCCAUCUCUGAAAAUCCAACUCGACAAAGAAAUAUAUAGGCCAGGUGACACAUUUAUAGCUACGGUUGAAAUAUCUACCCCACAAAUUUCAAACAGUCAUCCUGAUGGACAGCAUUGGACGAACCAAAUUUCUUCAUUUUUACUCGAUAACUUUAGUUAUGAAAUCAAGGGUGUUGAGAAGCUGGAUUCUCAGUGGUUUGCAACUCAAAAGCCUUUACCUGGAAUAAAACAAAGGAGAGGUGAACGUUUGUUUAUUGAUUGUACAGCGCCAUCAAUUGUUUCAAAGGUGAUGAUACCUUCUGGGUGCAGCAAAACAUAUAUGGUACGUAUUGAGCUGCCGCAGAUUUUGCCACCAUCUUACAGGGGUGUAAGCAUUCGAUAUAUCUAUUAUGUCAGAGUUGCUAUUUCUGGAAGGUGGCUUGGAUUCGAGAACAAUGAUCAUAGUGUAGGGUUAACAUAUGAUUCAAUUCAAGUGGAAGCUAAAGCUCCAUUGCAGAUGGUGAUUUCACAGAAGAACAACAACUGUUUAACUCAAGAAGGAGAACUACCAAAUGCAGCUGAUCAGUUGGAUAUAUUUUGGAAAGAGAAAGAUGCAGAUGCUGAAUGGAUUCGGGUCAAUGAAAAUAUAGAUGUGGUGGAAGAAGGGUAUGAUAGCUCAAAGGAUGAAGUUUCUUCCAUUUCCUCCUACAAUCCCAACAGAGGAAACACUGAUCUGCCUUAUCGCACUUUGUCCUUGCAAUCAACUGCAUCAAGGCUGUCUAACAAUGAUUUUCAUCAAUUACAAUCUGAACGCACAGUUCGCUCCUAUGUACCUCUUACUCAGCUUUCUGUGGCAGAGGUCAUGGAUGAUUCUGGUGAAGGUGUUAUUUUACCGCAAGAUAAGCCAAAUGAUGCAUUAUAUACUCCCUCUUCUAGUAUGCAAAGAAGCUAUCAAGAUUUUGAGUUCCAUAAAAAUGAUACAACAUUACCUCAUACACCUAAACCUGUUGAACCUUCGUUGUCAGAAGGCUUUGUUCAUGGAAGGUCUUACAAUAUCAGAAUUGAUGACCGAAUUUUGCUUAGAUUUUCUCCUAAAAACACCAAUUCAACGUAUUACUUUGGUGACAUGAUUGGUGGCACUCUUACUUUCUUCCAUGGAGGAAUUAGAAGUUGCCUUGAGGUUGCAAUAACCUUGGAGAUUGCAGAAACAAUCAACCAACGUUUUGUUCAUCCUUCAAGGAGGAGCUCACCUACAAUUAUAAAGAUACUAAGUGAGCAUCAGGAGGUAGUUGCUGAUUUGGUUCAGACAAGCUUUCUCUUCUCAAUUCCUAUCGAUGGGCCAAUGUCCUUCUCGACACCAAAGGUAUCCGUGCAGUGGUCGCUUCGCUUUGAGUUUUUCACCACCCCCAAGGAUUUGGAUUUAACUAGGUAUGAGCAUCCUCUUCUCGUGGAGGAAAGAGAAAAAGGCGAAUGGGUUAUGCCUAUAACAGUUCAUGCACCUCCAUUAAGGAUUCAAACUGCACGGGAGAAGAAUUUAUCUCUUGGAAACCUAUUUCAUUCGUAAAGGCAAAGCAUCGAGGCGUGUGUUGAUCCAACAUUGGAACUUAUCAAAAUACCAAUCUGGGUGAAGGAGCAUCACACGGCGACAUCUUAUAUUCAUUCACUUCACCACUCACAUAUAUUAUGCUGAAUUCGGUGUUCUUAUAAUUUUUUUUUCUUGUUAUAAACAAUUUCUUUUGCCACACAUUUUUUCCCUGGUAAUUCUAACACAAAAUACUAUAAUGUUCUUUUCCAUGUUUCCUUGGUAUAUUGCACAUUUGUCGGUCGCA